AUGUGCUGCAAAUGGCUCUUCGGCGGGAAGAAGUACCGGGAUAUGCAGGAGGAGCCCAAGUUCGCCGUGGGCAGCCCAGCUCCCCGGCCUCACAUGGCCGAGACCAUCGGCCAGACUCAGGAGGAGCGGGACAGGCGAAGAGAGCUCGCGGCGGAGCAGGCGGAGAAGCGGCAGGACGAACACUUGGCCCGGGGUGUUGGAGACUCCUCCAAGGUCAAGGAGCUCCAGGAGCGCGGCCAGAAGGAGGAGCUCAUCGGCCGGCUAGAGGAGCAGUACGCUCGGCUGGGGGAAGAGUUCCCGAUCUCCUUGCGCCUGGCGAACCUGCAGCAGCGGCCCGGCGUGCGAUGA